UAACAAUAAACAAAAAUCGUUAACAACAAACUCUCACGCAAAUUUCACUCCCUCGUUAUGGACGCUUCUCAGUAUGGACACUAUCACCUAACGUCGGUUACUACAUGACAGUUGACAUCCACCGCUGAUUGGUCGUUUCAAAACCUGCAAAAAUUCAACUGUAGCUUCGCAUAAUCAACCAAAAGCAUUGUUUCUAACAAGUUUUAGUGUAACUAAAGUGCGACGCUCUCACCUUAUUUAAUUCCAGGCGCCAGUGCUUCUAACCAAAAUGUGCGACACCCCCUUCAAAACCCCGUUACCCUACCGAACCCCCAAAGCCGACUUCGACAGGGACUUCUACCCCGAAAAAAUACACUCAGACAGCGAGGAAAGCGUGGCCUCCAGCAACUCCGACAAUGCCGGCUCGGGGGGCACCCAGUCCUCCAACGGCGAAAUCUCACUCGUAGCAGAGUUCGAUGAUCUGGUGCGCUUCUACCGGUGCUUCAGGUCCAAGAAGCUGGAAACCGAGUUCGCGUUUGCGGAUUUCGUGGAGCAAGUCAAGCAGCUGUAUGUGAAUUAUUAUGGGGCGAUAGACGAGUGUCGGAGGUUGCAGUCGCUGCUGGACGCCAAGGUGCACGAAUGCAGUGAUUUGGACCACAAGCUGCUGACGGCGAGGAAGUUGCUGGAUAAGGAGAAGCACAACACGAGGGUGGCGAGGAGGGAGAAGGACGAGUUGGCUUCACAGAUCAACCAUGUUCGGAACAUACUGUUCCAAGAUAAGGCGUCUUCGGGGCGGCUGUCGGCGGAGGAGAUGCGGCAGAAGCUGUCGUUUUUGCAUUAUAAUAAUAAUAAUUUGCAAAGCGAGUGGGAUUUGAGUGUGAAGAAUCCACAAAAUGCGCAUUUGAGUGCUAUUAAAGAGAUUAAUUCAACUGGUUCUAUUUUAUCAGAUUUUAGUUACUCAAGGUCUGAAGAUGAUUUAGAUAGCUCUAGUUUGCAAACUGGGAAGGCUUGGAAGAAGCAUCGACCGAGUACUGGAGGGGUUGCUGAGCCAGCUGUGAAAAAACGGCGAUCUUCUACUAAUAAAGCAGUUGAGAUCGGCUCCACCGACACCGUCCGCGCUACCACGACCCUCACCGUCACCAAAGACGGCCCCAUCACCGCCACCUCCAUCAUAGAGUCCGUCCCGAAAACCCCAGGACCUCCGGAAUCAGUAACAACCAACGUAAGUCGCCCCCAAACAAACAAAAAAAAACCACCCCAGAUUUCCCCCCUCCAGAGCGAAACCUGCACCAACGGUGUCCCCGCCAACCUAGUUCUGGAAGCCUGGGCCCGCGAUAGCCCCCUCAGCAGCGAGCACAGACUCCACAGCCGCGAGCACUGCUUCCAACAGAAAACCUUGGUGAUGCCCGAGACGUGCACCCCGUGCGAGAAGCGCAUCCGAUUCGCCAAAACCGCAUACAAAUGCAAAGAAUGCAAGGCUAUUUGUCACCUCGAGUGCAAAGAUAAGUUGCCUUUGCCGUGCAUCCCGGUGGUCAACACGCCCAAUCAGAGGAACAUGUUGGGGGUGAUUGGGGAUUACACGCCGACGACGCCGCCGAUGGUACCAGCGAUUUUGAUCCAUUGCAUCAACGAAAUCGAGCUGCGCGGGUUAGCCGAAGUGGGGGUAUAUAGGAUCCCGGGGGCUGAGCGAGACGUUAAAGCUUUGAAGGAGAGGUUCCUCAGAGGGAAAGGAUCGCCGUGUCUUAACCAGAUUGACGUACAUGUGAUCUGUGGGACGGUCAAGGACUUCUUGAGGAGUCUUCAUGAGCCCUUGGUGACGUACGGGCUGUGGAAGAAGUUCGUCCAAGCGGUCGAAACGUCGGAUCCGAUUGAUGUACGGCCAGCUUUAUACCAGGUUAUUUCGGAGCUUCCACAACCGAAUAGGGAUACUCUGGCGUACAUGAUGUUACAUCUUCAGAGGAUUUCGGAAGCUAAAGAGUGUAAAAUGACGGUUACAAAUCUUGCCAAAGUGUUUGGACCAACCAUCGUUGGGUACUCGUCAGAUAACCCAUCAGCUAAUGCUUUGUUGGAAGAAACGACCCAACAGCUAGUUGUGAUGGAGAAUCUUAUAAAUAUCCCGUCUGACUAUUGGUCUACUUUUAUCAACAUUGAGAGAUCUUCUCAGCCUUCUAGAUUACAGCAGACCCCCAGCACUGACUCUCUACUGCGUCCACUAGCGUCCAAAGGCCUUUUUACUCCCGUCGGUAACACAAGGAGUAUGGCGUUCAAGAAAAGACAGCGAUAUUUCCCCUCUCCGAAAAACAUGCGUUGAAGCAUCACCCAGAUUGAUUUUAUAUUAUUAUAUUAUUUUUAUGUACCGUUCUUACUAUUAUUAUAUUAAUGUGUUUACUUUUUUUUACAAAAAAAAAACCAGAGUGUACAAUAAGUUUUUAAAGUAACUUCUUAAAUAUACGUAUUUUUCGA